GUCGGUGGCUGCCGCAGCACGAUGGCGACGCAAGGACACAUUGCGCGGUAUUCGACGGCGACGACGGAGAUAUGUGUGAAGCAAGACACCCGACGAGUGGAUGGGAUGGGAGGUGAAGUCUGGCCUGGUGCGCAUGUCCUCUGUGCGCACUUGGAAUCGAAUGCAGAAGCGUUGAACAUCCAACAGGCAUCCAUCUUGGAGCUCGGCGCCGGGUGCGGCCUCUGCGGCCUUGUAGCGGUUGCGUUGGGAGCGCGCCACGUCGUCCUUACCGACGAGUUUCCCGAUUUGCUGCAGGUCAACAUUGACUUGAACAAAGACUGUCUGGAACGUCCUGUGGACGUCCGGGAACUCGAGUGGGGACAGCGCGACCACGUCGCGCCCGACAUGACCUUCGACAUCAUUUUGGGCAGCGAAAUCACCCAAGUCGGCCGAAAAGCGCACGAACCUCUUGUGCAAACGAUAUCGUGGGUCUUCCAUGGCACGAGUGUCGCCCUGUUGUCGAUGGAUGCUUGCAACGCCGACUGCGAAGGGUCGUGCGACCCAUCGCAUUGCACAGCGUCACAUUUCGUCCAAGUCUCGCGCGAACACGGGUUCCAAGUGACAAAGCAUCCGUCCGUGUGCCUCACAUCCGUGGCUUCCGUCACUGCGUGUGUCGGCGCGCUCGGGCGCAAGUGGCCGCUGGACGGUACCGAGCUCAGCGCUGUAUUUGAGCUGCGAAGGAGCACUCCCCCUAUGUCGACAUCAUGCAAGUAAACAAAAACCUUUUCUGUGUGCUCGACGCGACUUGGCAUGUCAACCGAGUGGGCGAACUCACAUCAUACUGACGACCACGCCAGAG